GGAGCCUGUCUGGCACUGAAUGCUGAUAGAUGGUACACAUAUGUGGCGGAAAUUUGUACCUCCCAUGGGUUGCCGUUGCCAACUGAUGAUGAGAGGCUUCCUGUUGGAACAGGCAGCAAUCCAGUUUAUCUAGCUGGGGACAAUGUUAUAAAAAUAUUUGUUGAAGAGGGAUUAGAAGCUUGUCUUCAUUCUUUGGGCACUGAGCUUGAGUUUUACAGUCUACUCCAGAAAAUAAACUCCCCUCUGAAGAAUCACAUUCCUAAUGUUUUGGCCAGUGGGAUUCUUUAUAUUGAAAAUGGAUUGUAUAAAGUUCAGCAUUGGGAUUGCAAAGGAGUUCCGGAGGUGGUUGCUAACAUUAGUCCCCUUGUGGAACUUGAGCAAGUUGAUUAUCCAUUUGGUCUGUGGAGUAAAAGGCAGUUUGAUUUUAAAAAAGCUGGGAUGUCAUUACCCGAACUAGUAAGCGCUGGCAGCGGCUCAACAAUAUGGCCAUAUGUCAUAACACAGAGAUGCAAAGGAAAAAUAUAUGCUCAAAUAAGAGAUUCCAUCUCAUGGGAAGAUACUGUAAAUUUGGCCUCCUUCCUGGGAGAACAAAUGCGCAACCUUCAUCUUGUGCCAUGCCCAGCUUUGAAUGAUUCAAUAUAUUCGGAAUCCCAGCAGAAAGAACUCCUCAAUGCUAAUGGGUAUGUGGAGGAUGAUGAGGACAAGAUUUGUGCUCCUGGAGAGUGGAAUUUGUUCCUGAGAACUCUGAACAGGAGAAAGAAGGAUGUUUGUAACCGCUUGACCAAAUGGGGUGAUCCGAUUCCCAGAGAACUGAUUGAGAAAGUUGAGGAAUACAUCCCUGAUGGCCUUGGAAAGGUUGAUAUGGGAUCCAGAUCUUGUACCUGGAUACACUCCGAUGUAAUGGAUGACAAUAUCCACAUGGAACCAUGUUCCGUUGCUUCUCGCUCUGCAGGGACUAUUGAUGAUCCUGAGUUGAUUGACAAUGUUUAUGCUAAUGGAUCUGAUUUGGGUGAGCCUAGACAUGCAUGGCGUCCUACUCAUAUACUUGAUUUCAGUGAUCUUUCAGUUGGGGACCCGAUUUCUGACUUAAUCCCGAUAUACCUGGAUGUCUUUAGAGGAGAUCCACGUUUACUGAAGCAGUUUUUGGAUAGCUAUAAACUUCCAUUUGUUAAAAGAGGACUUAAUGCAUCAGCUGAAAGCAACAGAUUUCAGAGACUUUCUUACCGAGCCAUGUGCUACUGUAUUUUGCAUGAUGAAAAUGUUCUCGGAGCUGUUUUCGGUACUUGGAAGGAACUAAGGAAGGCAAAAUCAUGGGAAGAAGUCGAGGAAGCUGUAUGGGGAGAUCUUAACAGUUAUACAGGCUGCUGUUAAACUUUCUUUUUGUUCUUUUUUAAUUUAGUCUUUCACGCCCCUGGUAAAAGUUCUAUUGCUGUAUGUUGAAUAAGUCCAGUCGCUAGUACACUCACAUUUGUUUGAGUUUAUUUGUUGAUUUUAUUCAUCUUAACUUCUGAUCACAUCGUUAACAUUUUAAUAAAAUAUAAAACAUAAAAACAAUGAUUGUGGAA